UUUUUGUGUUGAAAAGAUAUGUUAUGAUUCUUUUAUUUUUGUGUACGUAUGAUCUUUCCUCUCUAUAAAAGAAGUUGUAGAGGAAGCAGGAAGUAGGGAAAGAGAGAAAUGGAGGCAAUAGCUAAACCAGUCAUCAAAGUUGUAGCCAUUUCUGGUUCCAUCCGCAAAGCUUCCUUCAAUAUUGGUCUUAUCCGUUCAGUGAUUGACAUUUCCAAGGAGUUGAAUAAUGGUGUAAAGGUGGAAUAUGUGGAUAUAUCACCUCUGCCAAUGCUCAACACUGAUCUUGAGGUAAAUGGAACAUUCCCUCCGGCUGUGGAGGCCUUUCGGCAAAAGAUUGCGGAAGCUGAUUGCUACCUCUUUGCCUCACCUGAGUACAACUUUUCAGUCACUGCUCCUUUGAAGAAUGCAAUAGAUUGGGCAUCAAGACCACCGAAUGUUUGGGCUGACAAGGCUGCUGCAGUUGUUAGUGCUGGAGGGGGUUGGGGAGGGGGUCGCUCACAAUAUCACCUCCGUCAAAUAGGAGUAUUCAUUGACCUUCACUUUAUUAACAAGCCAGAGUUUUACUUGAACGCCUUUGAACCUCCUGCCAAGUUUGAUGCCGAUGGAACCCUUAUUCAUGCGGAGUCAAAGGAGAGGUUGAAAAAGGUCCUUCUGUCUCUGCACGCCUAUGCUCUGCGGCUCAAAGGAAAGUAAAAAAAUUAUUGGUACAGGCUCCUCAUUUGAGUAUUGUCGAUAGCCUCAUUUGAUUACCUUUUAUACCAAACAUUCAUGUGUAAUUUUCAUAUUACAAGUGAAACUGUGUGUUAAAUCAUGAAAGUUGCUUCCUAGUAUCUUGUCAUGAAUGUGUGUGCAAGGAAUAAGAGAUUGUGGUGGUUUUUCCGGUCAA